CAAAGAGACUCAGAAGAACGAAGAGGAAACAAGAAACCUAAGGCUAAGUUUCAGUAUCAAUUACAGUUUACAACAAAAAAAUGGGUGUGAAAGUUUCAAGACUCCUAACAAGACAACAAAAGAAAAAGCGGGUGGUGGUUGUUGGUGGUGUUAGCUAUGAGCUUGAUAUGUCUUACAUCACAACUCGCAUUUUAGCAAUGUCAUUUCCAGCUGAGAUAAUGAGAGCUAUGUAUCAAAAUCCUAUGAUACAAGUCAAGGCAUUUUUGCAAAAGAAACAUCCAAGACAUUACAAGGUGUAUAACUUAUGUACAGAGCAAGCUUAUGAUCCAUCUCUUUUCAACAAUCUUGUGGAAAGAUUUCCGUUUGAUGAUAAUCAUGCCCCAUCGAUCCAAAUGAUCAAUGAAUUCUGUGAAAGUGUCCAUUCAUGGCUUUCAAGUGACCCAAAGAAUGUUGUCUUCAUCCACUGCAUGGCGGGUAAAGGUCGGAUCGGGUUGAUGGCAUCUUGUUACUUGGUUUACGUCGGCAUGUUGGCAGAAGAAGCUCUUCCCCUUUAUUCAAAUCAUAAAGGGUCCACAAAUUAUCUUCGAGUGAUGACACCAAGUCAACGGCGUUACGUCAGCUAUUGGCGGAGAUCUCUUACAUUUCCAAACGGCUGUUUACCAGAAGUCAGCCUUCCAAAACCAUGUAGCAAAGAGCUCAGGAGGAUUCGACUUUUUGACACCAAAUCUGUAGAGUUGAUCUUUUUUGUUGUUUCGGAACUGCAAGAAGUUACCGGAGAUAUAUAUCGUUCACCGGUGGAUGCUUGUCGAAAUUUCUGCAGAAAAGUUAGGAAAAACCGUGGUUUUGGGAACUCGGAAAUCGAGGAAGAAGAGACACAAAACUGCCUUGACCACUACUUUUGUGACAAAACAAUAAAGGUUGCUGGAGAUGUGUGUGUGACAUUCUAUGAAAAGAACAUUGGGGGUCGUCUCUUCUGUGUUUGCUUCAACACCGGGUUUAUUGAAAAUGACUUGAUACAGUUUUCGAUAGCAGAAUUGGAUAAAGUUGGAACUAAGGGCAAUUCUAUAGCGGGUUCCGAGUUUCGAUUGGAGAUGCUUUUUAGUUCGGCGAACGAUAAAGCUAAUGACUAGUAGUGAAGUGGAGAUAGUUUUUGUUUUUUUAUAAUGUUUUCUUUGUCAAUUUUUGUUUCUAACUUUUUUGGGG